AUGUUGGCCUACCCUAUAACAUUCACUGGCCCAUGUCCCAGAAUUCUCUGGACCCCACUUCUCCUGGUUGCUUCCCUGAAUGCCCAUAAUCAAAACUGGGACAACCCCAGAUGCACUGAAGUAGUGUAUGCACCCAGAGGCAACUGUGUGGAGAUGUCCUGUAACAUCUCCAACACUUUUAGAGAUAUCACCAUUGAGCUGACUACCAAUGGAAAGACCACGACCAUCUUCAACAAAAAGCCCCCGGGAAACUAUUUAAAUGAUUCAUGGCAGCUUCAGAUUCAAGGAGGCCAAGCCCAGCUGGUGAUCACAGAUGCCCAGGACAUCCAUGCAGGGUCGUACUUGUGGCAGCUGAAUGGACGCCAGAGAAGAACCAUGCACCUUAUCCUGCAUGUUACUGACCUAGCAACUGCCAACCAGGAUCCAAAGAGCUUGCAAAUCAGUGCUGAGCCCACAUCUGCAGUGAGCACGGAAGUCACCAUCAUCAUCGUCAUCUUCAGCAGCAGCAUCAUAAUAGGAAUCAGUGCAUUUGCCUGGUACAUGCACUCCCAUCUCCUGAGGCGCCACAGAUUUGAAGUCCCAGGGCCUGGUUUGAAUCUUAAGUUUCCUACUGACAUUGCCCUAAGAUAUCCCAAGUCCUGCCCCAAAAAGUACUCAAGGGGCCUCAUUAGUUCCAGAGAGUAG